AUGGAUUCGGCAAGUUCCAUGUUUCAAUUGGAGCCUGUACAGCUUCAAUUCCAGAUCCAGACGGAUAUCUCCAGAUUGUUGGUAUCUAACAAUGUCCUCUGGCUUGUUCUCAAGUCGGGUGUUGUCUACAGGAUCGACCUAAAUAAUCCUGAGAAAGUGUUCCAGAUCAACAUCUUCAGCAAGGGCUCCUCUUCGAAUGUGAAUGGCUCCGGAGAUCGCGUUGUGAAUGCAUUUGUGGAUCCCCACGGAUGUCACCUGGUCGUACAAACAGCGUCAAACGAGUACCAUUACAUUAACCACAAGAGUACGGUCUCACGGCCUCUGGCGAAACUGAAGGGCUUGCACGUCACUUGUAUGGAAUUCAUACCAAAUCUUGUUACUUCGAGCAACUCUGGCCCAGUUUUGCUUGGGACUAGUGGAGGUGUUAUUUAUGAGUGCAUCAUCGACUCAGGCAAGGCCGACCGGUUUGUGAAGCAAAUUUGGAACAACAAGACCAAGACAGGGGUGGUCUCGAUAUCUGCUCUUCAGAAGGACGAAAAAAGGUUUUUGGUGCUUGUUUCUGAAAAAGAUGGUACAAUACUGAGGUUUGACGUCUUCAUUGCGGUAUUUCAUGCUACAUCAUCCAACUUUGCUGCUGAGUUCAAGAAAGAUGCUUUGGUUGUCUCCAAAAAGGAAGAAAUACGAUGUGUGGGCGCUGACUUGGAAAAGUUUGGAUUGGUUUAUUCCACUGGGCAGAAUCAGGAGUUUCUUACGUUUGGCUCCAUUGAUUCCUUCGACUCAAAAGCGCCUGAAUUCAAGAUCUCAUCUGCAAAAGAGAAAUUCAAAUUCAUGACUUUCACCAAGUACCAUGUGGCCAUAAUGGUGAAUGAUGAGAUUAGGUUCUACAACCAACUGAAUGGAAAGUUGGUUUCUUCUCUGGAGGUGCCACGGUACGAUGGGGAGAAGAUACUAGGACUCUCAGGAGACCAUGUAAAGGGUACAUAUUGGCUCUAUACCAGCAUGAACAUCUAUGAGAUCGUGGUGGAAGACGAGGCUUCGGAUAUCUGGUCAAUCAUGUACGAACAGAAAAAGUACGACGAGGCACUUGGAAUGUUGAAGCCCACAGAUACCUCCAAUAGAAAUAAAGUGUUAAAAGCAAAGGGCGGGGAUUUGUUCAAGAAAGGUUCAUAUCUGGAGGCUGCAAAGAUUUUAGCUGAAACAGAUGAACCUUUUGAGACCGUUACGUUGAAGUUUCUUGAUACGGAUAUGAAUGGAUUACGGACGUAUCUCAUAGCCAAGCUUUCGAAACUUCCAAGAUCCUACUACAUGCAGAGAGUUAUGGUGAGCAGCUGGGUUGUGGAACUGUUUAUCGAGAGACUAAAUGAGUUGGACAACGAUAUUGCCUCUGCUAAGUCUUCCAAUCUGACCAACAAUAUUCUAGAACACGAUGUUGCUCUGGAGCUGCCUCAUUCACAGGAACUAGAAAAGACUCAGAAAGAGUACCAGAGUUUCCUGAAGAAGUACAAAGACUUCCUGGACAAAGAAACUGUUUACCAGAUCAUCUUGUCACACAACAGGAAAGAAGAGCUGGUGUUUUAUUCCAACCUCAUAAAUGACUACCAGGUUGUUCUGAGGUUCUACGUAUCUCUGAAGAAAUGGGAUGAUGCGUUGCAAGUGCUUGCUAAAGAGAACAACCCUGUGUUUGUGUACAAGUUUGCAACUGUGUUGUUGAUAAAUCAACCCGCAAAGACAGUGGAAGUGUGGAAGAGACUCAUAGACAAUCUAGAAAUCACGAAGCUCCUUCCCUCGAUAUUGACUUUCAACAGUUCCAUCAAUAAUCGAGUUUUACCGGAGUACAAUCACGCCUUGAAGUUCUUACAGUUCUAUAUCGAUACAAAAGGGUGCAAAGAAACUGUUGUUCACAAUUCUUUGCUAUCAAUACUGAUCACGUAUCCAAAUCUGCAGAACGAGAACCUCAUUUUGAGGUAUUUGGAAAAUCACAGUCCAAAGACCGACUCCAGCUUCGGAAGGAGAUCAGGAAAGGCAGAAAUACAUUUUGACACGGAUUUCAUACUGAGAUUAUGUUUCAGAUACAAAAAGAUCCAAUCUGCUAUCUACGUGUACUCCAUGCUCGAGAAUUACGAGGAUGCAGUGAAGCUAGCUCUGGAGAACGACCUGAUCGAGGUGGCCACUUACGUUGCUGAUAAGCCUAUGGACCCCAGCAAAUCAGCACUAAGAAAAAGACUCUGGCUCAAGAUCUCGGAAAAGCUCAUAUCCAAGGUGGCUAUGAACGAGACGUUCGUGAAACAGCGUGAUGAGGCCUUGAAACUGAUUGGAGUGGAUAACGUGGAAGAGGGUGACAACAAAUCCAAUAAGAUCGAAGACGUGUUAAAAUUUUUAUUGGGAAGAUGCGAAUUGCUUACAAUCAAGGAUUUACUGCCUCUAUUUCCGGAUUUUGUGGUGAUAGACAACUUCAAACGGGAGAUGGUGUCAUCGUUGGAGACAUACUCCAAAGAGCUCAGACAGAUAUCUCAGGAAAUGGACGAAUCCAUGAGAACAAGCGACAAAAUCAACAAGCAAAUCGUCGAAUUCAAAAAGACAAAGUUUCAGAUUUUGGAACCCACCGAAUCGUGCUCGAUAUGCCACAAAAUCUUGAUCACUCGCAAGUUCUUCAUCUUUCCGUGCAAUCACUCGUUCCAUCAGGACUGUUUGGUGAGAAACAUACUGGACUCCAAUGACUACAAGCUGAAAAAUAAAAUCUACAUUCUUCAAAAGAAGCUCAAGUCUCACGAGAACGGCGAAUCCAAAAAGAGUCUCCAGAAGGAAAUCGAUGAAGCGCUCACCACAAAAUGUUGUCUUUGCAGUGACAUCAAGAUAAGCUCUAUCGAUGAACCAUUUAUCAAGGGAUCCGAUACUGAAGCAAUGAGUUGGAACUUAUAA